AUGCUGGGCCGGAGUCGCCUGCCCGCCGGCCUCCUGGCCUUGGCCGUGGCCGUGGCCGUGGCGCAGCACGCGCCGCCGUGGACAGAAGACUGCAGAAAAUCAACUUACCCUCCUUCUGGACCAACCUAUCGGGGGCCAGUGCCGUGGUACACCAUCAACCUGGACUUACCGCCCUACAAGAGGUGGCAGGAACUGAUCACCGACAAGGCACCUUCGCUAAGGGUUAUGCUGAAUUACCUGAGGGAUGCAGCGAAUAUAUUUGUUCCAAGUGGAAAACUCAUGCAGAUAGUGGAUCAAAAGUUGCCUGGUCUACUUGGCAACAUCACUGGCCCUUACGAGGAGGAAAUGAAGGGGAUUGCAGAUGUGACUGGCCUACCUUUAGGAGAGAUUAUUUCAUUCAAUAUUUUCUAUGAAUUUUUUACCAUUUGCACCUCAAUCAUAGCAGAGGACAAGAAAGGUCAUUUAAUACAUGGGCGAAACAUGGAUUUCGGAAUAUUCCUUGGGUGGAAUAUAAAUAACAACACCUGGACCGUAACCGAGCAGCUAAAACCUUUAACCGUGAAUUUGGAUUUCCAAAGAAACAAAAAGACUGUCUUCAAGGCUUCAAGCUUUGCUGGCUACGUGGGCAUGCUAACGGGAUUCAAACCAGGGCUCUUUAGCCUUACACUAAAUGAGCGUUUCAGCACGAACGGCGGCUUUAUGGGUGUCCUGGAAUGGAUUUUGGGAAAGAAAGAUGCCAUGUGGAUUGGGUUUCUAACUAGAGCAGUUCUGGAAAAUAGUACAAGUUAUCAAGAAGCCAAGUAUAUAUUGACCGAAACGAAGAUACUGGCUCCAGCAUACUUUAUCCUGGGAGGCAACAAGUCGGGGGAGGGCUGUGUGAUUACACGAGAAAGAAAGAGAUCCUUGGAUGUUUAUGAACUCGACCUCAAGGAGGACAGAUGGUUUGUCGUAGAAACUAACUAUGACCGUUGGAAACAUCCCUUCUUCCUCGAUGAUCGCAGAUCAGCUGCGAAGACGUGUCUGAACCAGACAACCCAGGAGAAUAUCUCAUUACCAACUUUAUACGAUACCCUGUCAACAAAACCUGUCCUCAACAAGCUGACUGUAUUCACCACCUUGAUGGACGUCACCAAAGGUCAGUUUGAAACUUACCUGCGGGAUUGUCCAGACCCUUGUGUAGGCUGGUGA